AUGACAUCCACGACUCACGCCCAGCCUCUGACUCUCGCCGGCAAAGUAGCCAUCGUGACGGGCGCGUCACGAGGCAUAGGCGCGGCUGUCGCUCUGGAGCUUGCGAACCGCGGCGCCAAAGUCGUCCUUACCUUCACGUCUGCUGGCAGCAAAAAGGCCACGGAGGAGGCGGUGACUAAGAUAAACGGCCUAGGCAACGGGGCUGCAGCGGCCAUGGUGCAGGCAGACCUGCGCCAACUCGAAGCGCCAACGCAGAUCGUGGCGGCGGCGACAGCAGCGUUUGGCGACUCGAUCGACAUCCUCGUGAACAACGCAGGGUGUGAGCUGAUCAAACCGCUGAGCGAGGUCACGGCGGCCGACUACGCGCACUGCAUGGACCUCAACGUCCGCGGAGCCAUGUUCAUGAGCCAAGCGGUGCUGCCGCACCUCCGGAAGCCGGGCCGCAUCAUCAACAUGUCUUCGGUUGGGGCCCGGGUCGGGCUGACGGCCGGGUGCGUGUACCUCACGUCCAAGGCGGGGCUGGAAGGCUUCACGCGUGCUCUGGCGGCGGAGCUCGGGGCGCAGGGUCACACUGUGAACGCCAUCCAGCCCGGGCCGACCAGGUCGGACAUGAUAGCGAAGGUGCCGCAGGAGAUUGUGGAGCAGCAGAAGAAGACGACGCCGCUGGAGCAUCGGAUGGGCGAGCCGGAGGACGUGGCGCUGCUCACGGCCAUGGUGGCCGAGGCGCAGAGCGGGUGGAUGACAGGACAGUGCAUAUCGGCGUCGGGGGGCUAUCUGAUGACCUAG